UCUGAAAAAAAACAACAGCAAUUGCCUAAAAAAUAGCAACAACUACCAGCAGCCAGAAAGACUUACAAAUCCCACUUCAAAAAUCGCGACAAAAAAGUGUUUACAAAAACUCUUACAUCAAAAAAGAAAAACAAGAAAUACAAAAAGCAAUCAAACGCAGAAAAAAACAAAACACACUACAAAAUAAUCUAACGCCAAAGUCAAAAAAUAACCAAUUAAAUUAUCGCAGCAAACGCGAUAGAAGUAAUUCAUACUGGCAACGAGUCAUCAACAACAACAACAGCAGUCAAUGUGUGUGAGAGGCCGCUGUCGACACAAAGCACUACGCCGAAGCCAAAACAACAGCACUAGCCAUUAGCGCACAACAGUCGAACAAGUCCGGCCGUGGCAAAUAGUCAGACAGCGCGGGCAAAUGCUAGAGUGUUAUAUUUAGUAAAUUUCGUGCCAAUAUUUUUAGUAAUAUUAAAAAUUCAAUUGAGACGCGCUAGACUUAGUGCACAGAGCAACAAAGUAAGUAGGUCAGUUGCUUAGACAACAACGCGGCACAACCAGCUAAGGAAGUGGUUUAAUUGCAAGUUUCGGAGUUCGUGAAGUCAACGAGUUGUCGAAAGGAGAAAUCAGCAAAGCGAAGCGUGAAGGACGGCCAGUUUUGCCGACCAAAGGCACAGGUGACUUACUGUGACCGCGCAUAAUUGGUGGAGCUGAAAUUUGGUCGAUUGUGUGUUCGUGUUACAAAAUUUUGGAAGGAGCAAUAAGCUGCAAACACUAGACUGAUCCAGAAGAUUGCAAGGGAGUUCUUACAGCGAAGUUGUUACUACGAGUGCAACUGCAUAUAAAGGAGUUUUUGAGCGAGUUUAGUGCUAGUAACUUCAAGGAAUUCAUAAUAAUCUACCGAAAUCUGUAGUGUAAACAAACGAGAAGUCGGAAUGAACAACAAGUCUAAGUAAAACAAAUUCAAAUCACUUAAAAUACAAAACCUCUCCAAAACACCAAAUAAUAAGCUGACUAAAACGCUGUUACUAUUCUAACUUAGUAUACAACAACUUUACAUAUCGAUUUUAAGAUAAUUUUAAAGUUAAAAUAUUUAAGAUUAAAAUAUAUGCCAAAAUCGACGUUCAAACGAAAAACCCAAAACAUAAACGCUGACAACUAAAAAAAAUUUCAUUCGAUCGUAUGAUUUAUUUCAUUGACUAAUAACUACCCGCAAAGUAACGUGCCGUUAACAGCUGAUCGCUAAGAGAGCGUAGAGCAAAAGAGACAACAAAAAACACGUCAUAUUACAAUAAAUACCGCUAUUUACAAGCGCAGAAAAGUGAACGUGAAGGCAAAAUACGAAAUAAUUGAAUUUUAAAAUUAUCGCAAGAUAAGUGGUAAAUGCGCGUGGCAACAAACACAUAAUAGUGUUGUAGACGCACAUACAAAUAUACAAAACUAGUGAAGUAACAUGAAAAUUUUGCACAAUUUUUUUAAACAAAAUAACGAAGCAUACAAAUUGUCCAAAAAUCUAGUAAACUUAUUGUAAAAUAACUAUUUUUACCUGCGAGCAACGACUACGAAUAAUUUGUUUUAAUUUCCAAAAAAGGAAAAAAAAAACGAAAAAUAAUAAAAACAAUAAAAAGUGCACAAUGUCACCAACGCACAAUAGACUGCAGCGCAUGCUUGCUAAAUACAGCAACAACAGUUUGCUGACAUUUCUCACAGUUCUCUUGGUGCUCUUCGAUAUGCAGUUUAAGCGAGCGGAAGCGCUCAAAGUGACGGCUAAAAUGAUAUCCAACCACAAUUAUCCAGUCGAGGAGCACACAGUACACACACCCGAUGAUUACAUACUUACCGUUUAUCGAAUACCCGAUUCACCAAAAUUGCGCGGCACCGCCAACUCAACGGCCAUUGCACGCACUUCCAAACCGGUCGUCUUUCUGCAGCACGGCAUACUCUGCGCCUCCGACGAUUGGAUACUCAACGGUCCAGACACUUCGCUGGCAUACAUGUUCGCCGAUUCCGGUUAUGAUGUGUGGCUGGGCAAUGCGCGUGGCAAUACAUAUUCGCGCCAGCACAAACACAAACAUCCCGAUUCAUCAGAUUUCUGGAAUUUCAGUUGGCACGAGAUUGGCGUCUACGAUUUAGCCUCAAUGCUGGAUUACGUGUUGGUCGAGACAAACGAUACAGCGUUGCAUUUUGUCGCGCAUUCACAAGGCACCACAACAUUCUUCGUGCUUAUGUCCACGCUGCCGUGGUACAAUGAGAAAGUGAAGACGGUGCAUCUAUUGGCGCCCAUUGCCUUUAUGCGUAAUCACUCGUUUAUGCUCUCGAAAUUGGGUGGACUCUUUUUGGGUUAUCCGUCGUUUUUGAGUUGGGUGCUUGGCGGUAUGGAGUUGUUGCCGAUUACAAGCAUGCAGAAACUGUUAUGCGAAUAUGUGUGCUCGGCGGAGUCAAGAUUUCGGUUUCUGUGUUCAGGAAUUUUAGACUUUCUCGGUGGUUGGGGUACGCGGCAUUUGAAUCAUACGCUGCUGCCACACGUUUGUGAAACUCAUCCCGCCGGUGCCUCCACAACACAAAUUAUUCACUACUUGCAGCUGUACACAUCCGGCGAUUUCCGUCAAUACGAUCACGGCAUCGAAUUGAACAAAAAGUACUAUCAACAAGAGACACCACCAUCAUACAAUGUCCACGAGAUAUCCAGUUGUGUAAAUAUGUAUUACAGCAACAAUGAUUACAUGUCAGCCGUUGAGGAUGUGGAAUAUCUGGCAACACUGCUGCCUUGCGUGGAACUCUAUCGCAUACCCUAUGACGAUUGGAACCACUAUGACUUCUUGUGGUCAAUAAACGUGAAAGAAGUGAUAAAUGAUAGAAUAAUUGAUAAAAUCGCCAGACAUGAGCUGCAAAAUUUGUGAAAUUGAUUUUCCUUUAAGGAAAAUGUUGAAUUGUCACAAAUAAAGUGUGUUCGUUGUGUAGGUUUUAUCAUAAGUGAUGUUUGUAAAUAUUUUGUUUUUUGUAUGAUUCUAGUAUUAUUGCAAUAUUUAAGGUAUAUAGGUAGAAUAAUCAAGCUAAACAAAUUAAAAACAAAAAACGAAGAAAAAAUAUUUAAAUAUUUUAUUAAUAUAUGACAUCUAUAUGUACCUUUUAUAAGCUGUGAGACCAAAAAGAUAAAAAAC